UUUUAUUUUAUUUUUUAUUUUUUAUUUUUUUUUCUCCAACUAUAGGAUUGUCCUGCGUAGCUUCGCCUACAAAAUGAAAAUGUAGGUAGAGACGCCAAACGCAACCCCACCAUUAAUGAAUGCAUCUCUCUGCAGUUGAAAACCAGGCAGCCCAGCCAGGCAAGCCACCCAGAAGGAAGAGGCCACACCGCCAGAGAAGAAUAUAUAUGUAUAUACACACGCACACCCAAUUGAACUGUCACUCUCUGGCACCCAACGAAACCUACCAGUCGUCUCCUCCAACUCCGACCCAUUUUCCCACACCCCGAUCAAUCAUUGUCUCCAAGAUCCGCUGUACCUCUUGAGUUCUCCGUCACAAUCUUCGAUUCGGGGCGUUCCGGUUCGCGGGUGGGGGAUCGGUGUGAUCACCGAGAUGGGAAGCGGGAGAGCUUUGGGAGACGCAAAUUGUUGGAAGGGGGAGUUUCGUGUGGGUGUGCUGAUUUGUGGGUUUGGUUUUGAUAUAUGAGGAGAUUGGAUUGGUUGAUGAGUUUGGGAGUGAGCCAGUGAGGGUGGGCAUUGAUCGGGGCAGACGUGCAAUAUGAGUUCGGAGAGGCACGCGGGGGUCCGGGACCUCGUCGAGGAAGCGAAGAAACGGAUUGUGUUUUUGGUCAUAUGCGUUGUGGGACUUUCUUAUCUUAUGUCUUUGACAAGCUCCUCGGUUUUGAUCAACUUGCCUGCUGCUGCUUCCUUAAUCAUCAUCCUUCGUUAUUUAUCUUUAGAUUUUGAAAAUCGAAGGAAAGCAAAAGCAUACAAUAGCAAAUCAACCUCCAUGAAUAUCAUGUCUCAAAAAAAACAUCCUGAAGGUCCUAAAGUAGUUACCAAGAAAUCUGACUGGAGAAGGAAAAUUGAUUCUCCUGUUGUUGAGGAAGCAAUAGAUCAGUUCACCCGGCAUUUAGUUUCUGAGUGGGUGACAAACCUAUGGUACUCUCGCGUAACACCUGAUAGAGAAGGUCCAGAGGAGCUGGUGCAGAUCAUGAAUGGUGUUCUUGGAGAAAUUUCAGAUCGUGCGAAGAGCAUAAAUCUUAUUGAUCUUCUCACAAGGGAUAUUAUAAACCUCAUAUGCACCCACUUGGAGCUUUUCCGAGCAAGUCUAGCAAAAAUUGAGAGGCAAAACUUGGGACCACUAACCAUUGAUCAGCGAGAUACAGAGCUAAAACUUGUCCUGAAUGUUGAGAACAAAUUGCAUCCUGCUUUAUUUUCUCCUGAAGCUGAGCACAAGGUUUUGCAGCAUCUGAUGGAUGGUCUCAUUUCUUUCACCUUCAAACCUGAAGAUUUGCAGUGCUCUUUUUUUCGUUACGUUGCCCGUGAGCUUCUUGCUUGUACAGUGAUUAGGCCAGUUUUGAACUUGGCUAGCCCAAGGUUUAUUAAUGAAAGAAUUGAGUCUCUUGCUAUUUCUGCAACCAAGGCUCGUAAAGGAGCUACAACUGCACAGGAGGCAUGCCAGUCAAAAACUAAUGUGUCUUCAAAGAUCUCAUCUGAUCAUUUCUCUCGGUUUUUAGACCCUUCCGUUACAGGAGUUGAACUUGUACAGUUAAAAAAUGAUCAAUCUAAAACUGCUGAAAGUAAGCCUGCAACUGGUAAUGUCAAUGGGAUGCAUCAUUCAAAGGAUCCAUUGCUAUCCAUUGAUGCUCAAUCUACCCGUUCAUGGAGUUCUUUGCAUUCAGACUCCCAAACUGGUGAUGGAGGAAGUAUUCAACGACAUCGUUCAGGAGGAGAAUGGGGUGAUAUGUUAGAUAUAAUUUCUCGUAGAAAAACUCAAGCUCUUGCUCCUGAACACUUUGAAAAUAUGUGGACUAAAGGAAGAAACUAUAAAAAGACUGAGAGUUUGAUUGAGCAAGUCCCACAGAAUUCUUCCCCAGGGUUAUCUAAUACAGCAGAUCAUUCAAUGUUGUCGAAGCACAAAGGAAGAGAUGGUGUAAGCAACAUUAAUAUCCCUGACAGCAGUGCUGUUCUCUCUGGAUGUAAUGAUCAAUCAAUAGGAGUGGAUAUGGUCCUUCAUAACAGUCAGAACAUGUCAAGUAGUUCUUCAAUAACUUCAUAUGCAGAGGAUGAUGAACAUGACCUCAGGCGUUUGGGGGAGGUUGAAUCAGGGAGCAGUAGUUCUGAUCAAACUGAAGAUGAGGAAGCCAGCAUUGUAACAGGUCUGGAUUCUCCUGGCACUAAAGUUUGGGAUGGCAGAAAUAAUAGAAAUGUACCUAUUUCUCAUAUUCGACAUCCACUUGAAAUCUCUAAAGGCCAUAGGGCAAGGAGGGAUGGUAAAGGGCAUGUUCACUUUCAAAAAUUAUCUAGGACCCAAUCUGGCAGGAAAAGGUCUAGAUUAAGCAGUCAGAAGAUGCCUGUCUGGCAAGAGGUUCAGAGAACAAGCUUUAUCUCUGGAGAUGGGCAAGAUAUCUUAAGUUCUUCAAAAGGACAUACCGUAGUUGAGGACUCCAGUGAUGAUUCUGAGGUAGAAAGUUGGGGUAGAGCUCACAGUGGAGCAGCUGCAUCGUCAUCUGCACCUAUUUCUUUGCCUCAAGGUUGUGCUUUGGAUGUUAAUUCUCCAAAUAAUUCAUUGCUGGCAGAUUCCUUUUUAAGGUUGAGAUGUGAGGUAUUGGGGGCGAAUAUUGUGAAGAGUGGCUCAAAAACUUUUGCUGUAUAUUCAAUAUCUGUGACAGAUGUAAAUAAUAAUAGUUGGUCAAUCAAAAGAAGGUUCCGAAAUUUUGAGGAGCUACACCGGCGUCUUAAAGAGUUUCCACAGUAUAAUCUUCAUUUGCCUCCUAAACACUUCCUUUCAACAGGUUUAGACAUGCCUGUCAUUCAAGAAAGGUGUAAAUUGCUUGACAAAUAUUUGAAGAGCCUUCUGCAGCUUCCUAUUAUUUCAGGUUCAAUUGAAGUUUGGGACUUCCUUAGUGUUGAUUCUCAGACAUAUGUAUUCUCAAAUUCCAUUUCAAUUAUUGAAACAUUGUCAGUUGACCUUGAUGACAAGCCUUCUGAGAAGACUAAACAGGUUCCUGAUUUCAUUGGGCCUGUGAGUCCCUUAUCCUUCAGUGGAGAUCCCAGAAGUAAGGAAUCUGCUAUGCAAAAGAGGCAUAAUUUUGUAGAGGAUGGAUCUAGAUUAGAUACAAAAGGCGUAACUCAUUCAUCAGUAAAAAAGCUUGUUAAUGAGUCUAGAAAGCAAUUUGAGGGUUCAGACAGUGAUUCAGAUACUAAGACACAAAAGAAUCCAUCUUCUAUUAGAAACUCGGGAAAGAUUGUGAGGAGAAGGGAUGGUGAGGGUUCAAAAGAGACAUCGGAGUUGCUUGUUGAUGCCACUGAUCCAACCCUUCCAACAGAGUGGGUGCCUCCAAAUUUAAGUGUCCCCAUAUUGGACUUGGUGGAUGUUAUUUUCCAGGUUCAGGAUGGUGGAUGGAUCAGGCGGAAGGCUUUUUGGGUGGCCAAACAGGUACUACAACUGGGAAUGGGUGAUGCCUUUGAUGACUGGUUAAUUGAGAAAAUCCAACUUCUGCGGAGGGGAUCAGUGAUUGCUUCAGGCAUCAGGCGGGUUGAAAAGAUACUUUGGCCUGAUGGAAUAUUCAUAACCAAGCAUCCAAAGCGACAGCAACCGCCCCCCUCUGUGAGUCCAUCCCAAACUACUCCUCGUGGUAAGCUGCCCAUGCAAAUAUCUUCACCUAAGAAGGAUAAUUUUCAGAAACAACAGGAGGAAGAGAAUCAUAUGUCACUAGAAGAGGAGCAAAAACAAGAAGCAAAUCGACGUGCGAAGUUUGUAUAUGAAUUAAUGAUUGAGAAUGCACCAGCUGCUGUAGUAGGUCUUGUUGGCCGUAAGGAAUAUGUACAAUGUGCCAAAGAUCUCUAUUUCUUUCUUCAGUCAUCUGUUUGCCUAAGGCUACUGGCUUACGACCUGCUUGAGCUGCUGCUCUUAUCAGCACUUCCAGAGAUGCAUCAUGUGUUUGCACAGCUGCAUGAAGACAGACACAAGUUCGGAGAGUUGAAGAUAAAUUAGGACUUCUUCUACAUCACAAGAGUUUUAUCCCAGAAAUAUCAGCACAAUUACCCUCUUGUCUUUUUUUUUUUUUGUUGUUGUGGGGUUUUUGGGGCUUAUUCUUCUUUUCAAAUUUCCUCAAAAAGGAGCAUUGUUCUCCAAGUUUUUUUUUAUUUUUUUUGGGAGGGGGGUGGUGGCAUUGAGUUUAUUGGUUUGUACGGCGGUCGGAAAUCAGAAUUGUGUAACUAAGAAUUGAUUUAUCAGGAUCGGAAGAAAUAUGCAUGUAAAUUAUGAAGCAUAUAUGUAUAAGCAAAGGGGUGUUCCCUGCAAGAUUUCUUUUCAGGAAACUGAUUAUUUUUAAUCUUGCUGAAAGAAUAAGCUUGUUCUUUUC